CUGGUCUACACCCGCGACAUCGACGUCUGCUAUACACUGGAAGGCAUACUCUGAAAGCUGGCCACACUCGUAUUUUUGAGAUAGCUCAUCUCCUCUCCACUGUGGUCUCUGCUCGCCGUACACGUCCGCGGAUCCGUGCAGAUAUGGAUGUGCUACCUGUGACCUCACCAAACCCCGGCAACGGCGGGCAGUACCGGAACCCCUCACCUGCGCUGGUUCGCGUACCUGUAAUAUUCCGCAGGUUACACCGGUUUCAGCAGAUGGACUUCGAGCAGGCGGCUUGGCAAUUAACAUACCUAUGUCUGGCUCCGAAGAGAGUUUACCGCAACGUGUACUUCCACAAACAAACCAAGAAUACAUGGGCAAGAGAUGAUCCGGCCAUACUCAUACUCAUCGCAGCGUGUCUAUGUGUAUCCGCAGUCGCGUGGUCGGUUGUCUAUUCGUACGGCAUCUGGGGAGCUAUUGGGUUAGCUAUCCUCAUGGUUGUCCGCGACUAUCUCCUUGUCGGGUUCGUGAUUGCUACAAUACUAUGGUUCUUCGCCAACCGCGUAUUGCUCUCACCGCCGUCACACUCAACGCUGGAAGACGCAAGGGUCGAAUGGGCGUAUGCCUUCGAUGUCCAUACAAACGCGUUCUUUCCUUUCUAUUUAACGUUGUACCUUGCUCAGCUGUUCUUGGUUCCUAUCAUCCUGAAGAACAACUGGGUAUGCCUGUUCGUGUCGAACACACUUUAUCUAGCAGGGUUCGCACAGUACAUAUAUGGGGUCUACUUGGGACUAAACACUCUGCCAUUCCUUGUACGCACAGAACUUCUGCUGGCACCAUUGCUUCCCCUUUUCACAGGGUACAUAGUGUCGUUACUGGGAUUCAACGUCGCACAACAUGUACUACCUCUAUAUUUUGGAUCAUGAACCUGUAAUCAUGAGCGUGCGCGCUCGUUCAUCGUAUCGCGUCCG